AUGACCAAACCAGCACCGCGGUCAACAAGCUCUUCGCUCGAAGGUUCGGCCACUCUUAGCCACUCUGUUGUCCGUGAGCCAUGGAUCAACGGAACCCAUCAUGGUGAUCUUCCGGGCUCUAUUUCGUCACAAGCUUCUUCAUCGUUGCCAGAAAGCGACCGUCGGCUAAUUGAAACCCCGGUCAUGGAUAAUGUAAUCUCUGAGGCCCCCGCUCUGCCGAUAGGAUCAACCCUAGUUGUCCCUGAUGAUGGGGCAGACUAUGACCCGGAAGGAAUCCGGACGUUGCUAUUUAUGGCACCUACUAUGGACAGGAACACACCCGAUAACUCCCUAUCUUUCGUGCUGCAGUGCUAUUCACAAUGGGCCAUUUUCUCAACAUUCGAGCCCCUGGAAAUGGUGCACAGAAUAAGGGACAACGUCAUCCAGCGGUUCGCAUCCAAGGACACUCGGAUCAAGACUAUUCUUAUGGCUAAUGUCCUGAGAGGGUUCCCGCAGGAGCUAGCCAUUGGCGGCAAAUCAAUGUCCGUUUUGACAUACUUAGCCCAUGAGGUACAAAAGAGCGGACGCUAUUAUAUAACCAAGCUACAUCGACCAAAAAUUGACGAGGACAAACGGAAUGCUACGCGUAUAUUGGAUCAUGCAUUUGAGAAUCGCUACGGGCAUUUCGCGGCUGCAUACAUUGUCAGCAUCAUGGCUAUAGUAAAGGCUACUAGUGACUCCGUAGCGCUCACUGUCGUGGUUACGCUUCAGCUAUACACCCAACCCACUAUUGCGUUUGCCAAGUCAUUCGACGAAAUUGCGGCAAUAUUUCGCUAUGCUUGUCCCGAUUUACCAGGAAAGCCCGUCAACCUUCCGAAAAUUAUGUUGGGCACCGACACCAGCCUCCAAUGGUUUGCCUGUAUGGAUAUCACGCAUGGUGCCCUCACCGGGAAACCGACCUAUUUCCAGUACGAUGUGCCGUUCUCGCUUCAUUUGUGCGAGCAAACACCGAGCUAUCAAAGCUUCCAGUCGAUAUACGGAAUCCCCAAUCAAAUCAUCAUGUUUUUCGCAUGGGUCAACUCGUUGUGCGAGACACCUAGGACCGGCGAUAGUCGGGAAAUGGUUGCCUGGGCGGAGGAGAUGCUACCACAGAUCAAAUUUACUGCUGGUGAAUCAGGCGAUCCGCUGUUGCGCCUUGGUAGGAUAGCUGUACAGGAAUGUUGGCGAUUUGCUGCUUAUAUUUAUCUUUAUAUGACCUUGUGCAGAGCUGACGCCCAUGACCCUCGGGUAGUUCGUGCCCAAAGGGGUCUAAUGCGUCUGAUCAAAGGAAUGAAGCAAGGACGAAAUCCAGACCUCUUUUUGGCUCCAAUGGCAAUUGCUCCACGCAGUGUUAGUUUUGCUCCGCGACCCACAGCUCGAGAUUUGACCAGGCGCAAGAAGUGUGAUGAGACUCAGCCCCAGUGUCGGCGGUGUCUGGCUUCCGGCAAAACCUGCGUCUACGACUAUGUGGAAUACCCAGGAACCGAGAACCAUCGAAUACGAAGAACGAAGCCAGCACCCCGCGCCACGCUUUCAUCCUUGACAAAUCCAUCGAAGAGUGGUGUAUCUGGUCCCCCAAGAACUGAAAUUGCUUCUCUCGCGGAUCCUUCAUCAUCGGAAAUCCCAAAUGUACUCGUUCGCUCUACUUGGGCGCGGUACAAUAAUGAGGGCGGGCUCGCCUCGGACGUUGGACAAAGUUACGAUGUGGAUAACUCUUUGCACCAACCAUCUGCUCCCCCUACGUCCUCGCAGCCGCAUUUCGAACAUUAUUCAGUCGAGCCCUCGAGUGUUUUGCUCGAUCUCGAUAGGGCAACAAUAGGAGGGUCGUCCGUGUCCUUAGUUAGUGGAUCCGCUUCAGACAGACCAACGUUUGGCAACUACAACCACUUGAGCGUUAACGAGGAAGGUCAUCCUUAUCAUGAACACCAGGCCCCGUUAUACAACCCUGCUAUGGACAAGAAUGUGAAAGAUAACACAUUGCCUUUUGUACUUCAAUGUUACUCUCAGCGGGCAAAUUCCAAAAUCUUCGAGCCCGACAAAGUGAUACAUGGUAUGCGAGACCAAGUUAUUGAACGGUUUUCCACCGAGGACUGGAGAACGAGGACGAUUUUAAUAGCCAACGUGAUGAUCGACUUUACAAGAAACUUUAAACUGGACGACAACAGAGCGGCCAUUCUUGAUCACUUGGAUUUCGAAAUUCGAAAGAAAAGCCAUGCUUUCAUGUCCACCCCGCCCUCGCUUGUUCCAGUAAUCAAUAAGCUAAACGCGACGACUAUGAUGGAUGGGAUGCUCGAGACCAGGCCUUUUGCUGUCGGCCUUCGGCUAUUGGACGAUAUCGCUCCAGUUUUCCGACGAACAUGUCCCGAGGGUCCAGGAAACCCGAUCAAUCUGGUGAACAUCCUAGUGGAUCCCAAUUUCAAUCUCCGACAUUUUGCAGCCUCGGAUAUUAUGGUUAGCGUAACCACCGGCCAACCGACGUAUUUUCAAUACGAAGUAGCGUUCUCUCUCGAGAUAUGUGAAAGGAUGUACGAGAUGCGGCAUGAGAGCGGGUUGCAGUCCUUCUACGGGAUUCCCAACGAGUUUAUCUUGUUGUUCGCCUGGAUCAACUCGAUGUGUGAAAAGCCAGGGGCUUCCGAAAAUCUAGGGUUGAUUACUUGUAUCGACGACAACGUGUCGAAAAUCAAGGUUGUCGACGAUCAAUCGAGCGAUCCGUUAUUGCGUAUUGGGAGAAUGGCGGUGCAGGAAUGUUGGCGAUUUGCGAUCGUUGUUUAUCUUUACAUGGUUGGCGUUUCUAUAACGGAAGAACGAGACCGCGAUAUUCUCCGGAAAAGACUUUACGGCGUUUGGGAAUGGGUCGAACCGGGAACCACUGCGAACGAUAUUGUGUCAAGGCUGGAAGAUAUCUGGACAAGGACGAGCGAAGAGGGGCGGCCUGCUGUAUGGAACAAGAAGUGUGAUGGUACACGGGGGCCAAACGGAUGUCGACGAUGUGUUCAGGCAGGUGUUGCUUGCGAAUGGCUAUUGAUCAUACGAAAUCCAAGACCCAAACAUAGUAUCAAGAGCAUCGAAUCGCAAUCUACCGUUGGCGAGAUAACAAGGCAAGGCCGCUCAUCGAAAUCGACAAGGCCGCCCCAUCAGUCCGUCAAUUAUCCGACUGGAUUGGUUAGUCCAAAUGAAGUGGACAGACAAAUGACGUCAUUGCCACUCAAAGCUAUUUCGCAAUCAAGGGAGAAUCGUUUUGCCGUUGGACGUGAAAUUGGACAUGCUGCCAGUAGCAGCGACACCAACGUACUCGACUCGACAAGCCAUUCUGCUGGUGUCUCUGGCCAUCUGCAACAACACCCGCUUGUUCGUGCACUCGACACUCAAACACUACUAUCUCCCAUAUCCCCAGGAAAUGUUGAAACUAGUGCUCGGACGCGUGUUCGUGGAUCGUUGACCGCGGCCCAGACCAGUCUAUUUGACUCGCUUUUUAGCCUAGCCAAUGAUUCAUCGGCUCUUCCUCCAACCCCGCAGAGUCAUCCUAGGAAAGUGCGUGUGCAACCGAAAGUCGUACAGUAUUCGGAGGAGCAGGCCUUUGAUCGACCAGUAUGGUCCGACGAUGAACUCAGUUUGAAUGACCCCGAAAAUAUUCAAGGGCGCUUGUUGAAGGGGCUGGUACUGGAUAAAGAAGUCGAGAGUAAUAAAUUACCCUAUAUCGCCCAUUGUUUCGCAUCAUGGAUGACUCGCUUUCUUUUCGAGCCCGCCCGAAUUAUCCAAAUUACCCAAGGCUACAUCCUCCGCGGGUACUCGUUUGGGAAUGAAUCCCGCCAAACAAUGAUAUUCAUUUCAAACGCUGCAUUAGCCAUAUCCAAAUCCACAGCGUACGAACUAACGGGCUUCUCGAUUGUCUACCAGAGGCUCGUGGACGCUGUAUCGGCUGCCAGGCAAAAUGCUAAAGAGGUAACAGCAAUCGAGGCGAUGCAAGUGAUGGAGUACAGCCAUGAGUUUAUUUCCACAUUGUGCAUAGUCGGUUCUUUGGUCUCAGUCCUUCAUGUCAUGGAUCUUUAUGCCCCAAUUUUCCGCCGCGCAUGUCCGGAACCGGACGAUCGACUGGUCAACCUCCCCCGGACAUUGACAACAAUCACUAUUCAUCUUCAAUAUUUUGUCACUCUCGACGUCUUGCUAAGCAUAAUCACCCGCCGACCCAUGUUUUUUCGUUACGACCUGACGUUCCUCUCUCCUGAAGACGAAGAACUGCUUAACAUGAGCGACGGACCAGGGCUUCGGUGGUUGUAUGGUGUGCCCGACCGAUUAAUGGUCACAUUGGCAAAGAUGAACACGUUUUUGGAGGAUUUUGGCAGUCUUUUGGAACGGGACAGGGUGAAAGAACUCGAAGAAGAAAUAAGGGCUUUUAAUUCCAUUGUAUUACCCAACAAAGGAAUGGAUCCGUCUUUGGGACUUGCCAGGACCGUAGUCCAAGAAUCAUGGAGACUGGCGGCGGUUUAUGCGGAGCCGACUCUAACGAUGGCCGAGUUGUAA